UCACGAUAGAACAUAUUCUUAAAUCCUAAACUCGAAAAAAAGAAAAAAAUCUGAUUUUCUUAUUCCAUUAUUAGUGUUUUUUUAUUAGAAGAAGAAACAAUGGAGUCAAAACAAGCAGUGAAAGAAGAAAGAGCAGAAGCAGCUGCAAGAUUAGUAGCAGAUGAACUCAGUGAUGUGAACAAAGAAAGAAAGGCUCAAGAAUAUGAACAAAAGCCCGGUGUUAUUGGCAGUAUAAUCAAAUCUGUUCAAGGAACUCUUGGACAUGCUAAAGAAGCAGUCACCGGAAAAGCCCACGAAACCGCCGCCGUUACAAGCGACACGGCCGGAAUAGUAGCAGAUAAUGCAAGACAUUCAAAAGAUGUUGCUGCUGAAAAAGUUAAGGGUACUGCAACUUCUGCUGCUGAGAAAACACAACAAGCUAAAGAUAGUACAACUGGUAAAGCAGUAGAGUACAAGGAUUCUGCUGCUGAAAAGGCAAAACAAGCAAAAGAUGCAACUGUUGGGAAAAUGGAAGAGUACAAAGAUUAUGCUGCAGAUAAAGCCAAAGAAGCGAAGGACAGUACAACUUCUAAAGCGGUAAAGUCCAAGGACUAUGCAGCAGAGAAGGCGAAACAAGCAAAGGAUUCAACCAUGGAGAAAGCUAAAGAAGCGAAAGACAGUACAGCUGCUAAAGCAGGAGAGUACAAGGACUAUGCAGCAGAGAAAGCGAAAGAAGCAAAGGACACAACGAUGCAGAAGAGUGAGGAAUACAAGGAUUACACGGCCGAGAAAGCGAAAGAAGGCAAAGAUACCACAGUGGGCAAAUUAGCAGAGUUGAAGGAUUCUGCUGCCGACGCGGCGAGGCGCGCGAUGGAUAUGUUAACCGGAAAAAAGGAGGAGACAAAACAGAAAGCGGGGGAAAUGGCUGAAGCUACGAAACACAAGGCUGAACAAACUGCGGAAAUUACUAAGCAGAAGGCGGAGGAGACGGCGGGAGCAGCUAAGCAGAAGGCACAGGAUACUAAUCAAGCUGCUAAGGAUAAGUAUCAUGAGACUGAAGAAGCAACAAGGAGGAGAAUGGAUGAAAUGAAAAUUAGUGAAGGUGGCGAUUAUGAGAAAAGGGAUGAGAGUGAGAGGGCGGCGGCGGCGGCUUCCGGCGGUGGUGGUGGUAUUUUUGGUGCACUUGGAAGUGUAAGAGACGCAAUUAAAGACACAUUAGCACCAUCUAGUAUGCGUGACACUACCACUACAGAUGAGACGCGUACCGGCGGAUCGAAGAUAGUGGUGGAUGUCGAGGAUACUCCGGCGGGGAGAACCGCCGCGACGCUGAAAGUGGCCGAUCAGUUGACCGGCCAGACGUUUAACGACGUCGGGAGAAUGGAUGUGGAGGGCAUUGCCGAGGUUGAGGCCAAGGAUGCCUCUGGAAAGAAUGUGAAAGUGAAAUACUAAAAGUUGGGAUCUGAUAAGAAUAUAAUUGCUGGACAUUUUGGUCAUGUAUUUUGUGUAAUUUUCAAGUUCGUUGUGUUGUAUUUUUGUUUGUGUUACCAAGUAAAAUAUGUACUAGUAUGAGAUUUCUGUUCGGUUUCU